AUGAGCGUCGAAACCGCCGGAACGAUUUUCUCCACGGACGGUCAGUCCUGGAUCAUGGACAGUUACAGAGACAGACUUUCGAAAUUAGUCACCGACUUCGACAAUGUCAGGUCGGCUUCUCAAGCCUUCUCGACCCUGAUGACCGACUGCUUUGGAGAAGCUGCACGAGAUCUUAUUCAGGUCAUGCAACUGGUAGAGAGAUGGCGACAGCUUCUGGUUUCUGAUGCAGAGCUUCCCAAGAUGAGCGAGUUAUUCGCGGUCGAGUUGGUGGUCGAGGUCUGUCAACAGUCUGUGGACAAGGUACAAUUGUUGACCGAGACCUUGCCAGUCUUUGUUGCCGACAAGCCACCCACUGCAGAUCAGGUGACAACCUUGACAAAGCUCUUUGAGUAUGCUAUCCCGAACACUGUCGAGAAGGGCGUAGCCGCCACGAUCCCGAACAUUCCAAAUGACUUUUUUGUCUCCCACACCUCGCCAGCCUUCCAGACUGCAUUCAUGGUCGAACUGAAGAAGCAUAUUGAAGAAUCUCAGCAGCAAAUUUGGAUGUCGCUCACGGAUCACUUGGAUCGGGCAACGAGGUUGACCGAGCUUGUCCAGCUGAAAGCUGAAUAUCUCGCCGAUCGAGCGCAAGAAGUACUGGCCGCCGAAAAAUAG